GAAAGGGUUGGCAUAAUGUACUCGCGUCUAGUACUAUGAGGUGCGACGUGACUGUGAUCCUAAUCCUGGAGCUGCUGGUCGGCCUCAGCUCCACCGCUGCACGUUUAUCGCGUGUGUUGCCCUUUGCCGAAGGGGAACAGGGCGUGACCGUGUUCGGAGACUGCGAGUUUCGAGUCAAUGGCGAUCUCAAUGAUCCAGCUCCGCUUUUUGCGCGACAUAACUCUUUCGAGAUUAUCGUUCCGGACCCUACGGACACAGUGCGUCUAAAAAAUGGUGAACUACUGGAUAUGUUCUGCCCUGGCGCUGGCUUUGUGGCACCAUUUCAAACGAGAACUCAGCUGACUGCGCAGUGUCUGCAGCAAAAGUAUUUCCUGAUCGAUGGCCUGAUCUAUCCCUUUGCCAACUUCAGCUGCACGGCCUGGCCGACCUUCUCGGCGCUGCGCACUGGUCGGCAGUGCAACGGUGGCACGGAUCUGGUCAAAGUUGGCUUCGAGCUGGACGACGACGGAUUCCUGCAAACCUUCGAUGUGUGCCAUGACGAGCUUGCCGAGGCCACACGCUAUGUGCACCAUGUGCUGUACCCAUCCAGCUACGAUUAUCAACACGGUGUGGCGCGACCGAAUUUCAUUACUCUAGACUUCUACGGCGGCCGAGAUGUCAAUAAAAAGUACACGCAAAUAGAGCAGAAUAUCACAAUAAGCAACAUUCUGGGCCUGGAUGCCAGCCCAUACUUCAACUAUAGCGACGAUCGGAUAUUGGCACGCGGCCAUUUGAUUGCGAAAACGGAUCAGAUCUUUGGCGCUGCCCAAAUGUCCACUUUCAUCUUCAUCAAUGUGGCGCCUCAGUGGCAGAGCUUCAAUGGCGGUAACUGGGAGCGUGUCGAAUCGAGCGUUCGCAAAUUUGUUGCCGAUCAGCAUUUGACUGUUGACUGCUAUACCGGAACCUGGGGCGUGUCCACGCUGCCCGACUUCGAGGGCAUCGAACGUGAACUCUACCUGGACUUUGAUGAGAACAACAAUGGCCUGAUACCAGUUCCCAAACUCUAUUUCCGCGUCAUAAUCGAUCGUGCCAGUCGAGAGGGCAUUGUCCUGGUGGGUGUCAACAAUCCCUAUGUCACCUUGGAACAAAUUCAAAGUGAUUAUAUUUUGUGCGAGGAUGUUGGACAUCUGCUGAGUUGGGUUUCUUGGAUUAAGGAGGAUCUACAUGAGGGCUAUUCGUAUGCGUGCUCUGUGGAGGAUUUCACGGAAGUGGUUAAGGACUUGCCUCUUGAUGAUCUGCACACGACUGGUAUCCUUGGCUUAGAUAAAGACACCACCAGCGAUGCACCAACCACUGUUAGCACUACUGAAGUGCCUUCUCCAACGGCAUCUGAGACCACCACUGAGAUCCCCACGACUGCUGAGAGCACUACAGAUAUUCCAACUGAAUUACCAACGACUAUUGAGAGCUCCACAGAUAUACCCAGUACAAUUUCUACAACCAGCACCACUGAACUACCGUCGACGACUUCUGAGAGCACUAGUGAUAUUCCUAGCACAGUUUCUUCUACCAGCACUACUGAACUACCGUCUACGACUUCUGAGAGCACUAGUGAUAUUCCUAGCACAGUUUCUUCUACCAGCACCACUGAGCUGCCAUCUACAACGACUUCUGAGAGCACUACCGAGUCCUCCAGCACUGCAUCCAGCUCAACAACAACAACAACCAGUCCAGCUCCAACACCUCAGCCCAAUCAAUGCUACUUCAGCAUCAACGGAGAUCUCACAGAUCCUGCCCCACUGCUCACGCCGGAGGGAGCACUUAGCUGGCUUCUGCCCGAUGAAUCGGGUAUUUACACGGUGGAUGAUGGAUCGAGCAUUGAUUUGCACUGCACCGCUGCACUGGCCGUUCCAUUCAAUAGAUAUACCGCGCUGACGGCACGCUGUGUGGGUGACCAGAUGUAUGAGGCGGAGGGCCAGAGGGUAACGAUAGGGGAAUUCACCUGCCAAACUUGGCCCAGCUACCAGGCAGUUCGCACUGGAGUCUCGUGUGAGGGCGGCACUGAGCUACUGCAGAUUGGCUUUAACGUGGCUGCCGGACUGUUGUCGCAGCUGGAACUGUGCUAUGACGAGAGCGCACAGAUCACACGCUACGCUCGCUACGAGCUGACGCCAGCCAAUGUUGCCUAUCAGCGGAACGUGGCACAGCCCGGGUAUCUGCGGGCCGACUUCUAUGCGGGCAAGGACGUCAAUGUGCUCUACGGCCUGUCGCAUCAGUACGAGAUGCUUAGUGAAACUCUUGGCAUAGACGCGAGCCAAUACCUGGACAGCAGUCGCGAUCUGUACCUCACUCGGGGUCAUCUCGCUGCGCGUCAAGAUUUUGUGCAUGGCUCGGCGCAGCGUGCGACGCACUUUUAUGUGAAUGUGGUGCCCCAGUGGCGCAGCAUUACCAUAGGCAACUGGCUGGCCGUGGAACGUAGUCUGCGCCAAUUCGUGGCCAAUGAGGCGAUCAACGUGAGCGUGCAUGCAGGCAGCUGGGGCGUAGCCACACUGCCGAAUGCCGAGGGCAAGCAAACGCCGAUCUAUUUAAAUGCCGACACGCAGCAGCUGCCGGUGCCACGACUGGUGUAUCGCAUUGUCAUUGACCAGGAGAGCCGCAAGGGCAUUGCCCUAGUGGUGGCAAACGAUCCACAUGCCAGCCUUGGCGAAAUCUUGCAGGAUUAUGUCGUCUGUGAGGAUGUGGGUGCGCAGCUGGAUUGGCUGGACUGGGAGAAGGCCAACAUUGAGAAGGGCUAUGCCUACGCGUGCGCUGUGGAAGAUUUCACUGAAGUGGUCAAAGAUCUGCCACUCGAUCAACUGGAUACGACUGGUGUGCUUGGGCUGCCGGAAGAACCAUCUCAGGAGCUGUGCAGCUUCCGCGUGAAUGGCGAUCUCAAAGAUCCAGCUCCGCUUUUUGUGCUACGCGACGAGCAGGGCACCGCACAUUAUUUGGAGCCCAAUCCACAAGGUGUGGUGGAACUGAAGCAUGGCCAGGCAAUAGAGCUGCACUGCAGCGGCCCAAAGUCAUUUCAAGGAGAGUUCGCCGGAUUCUCUCAACUAAGUGCCAGUUGCUGGCAAGAAGCAAAUUUCUUGGUGCAGGGCAACGUCCGCCAUAUCAACGACUUUGUGUGCGCCUCUUGGCCCGGCUACACGGCUCGACGCACAAAUCGUGAGUGCAAUGGAGGCACCAAUCUAUUGGAAGUUGGCUUUCAGCUAGCCAACGAUGACAGCCAUGAUGACUUCCUGCAAACCUACGAUGUGUGCCACGAUGAGCUGGCGGAGGUAACACGCUAUGUGCAUCAUGUGCUGACGCCCAGCAGCGCCCAGUAUCAGCGCUCAGUGAGCCGGCCAAGCUUUAUCACGGGCGACUUCUAUGGCGGCAAGGACGUCAAUCAGAAGUAUACGCAGGUGCAGCAGAACAUCACAAUCAGCGGAAUUCUGGGCAUGGAUGCCUCGCAAUACUUCGAUAUAGGCAGCAACGUGUAUCUGGCCAGGGGCCAUCUAUCCGCCAAGACUGACUUCAUAUUUGGCGCCGCGCAGCAGGCGAGCUUCUUCUUUGUGAAUGCCGCACCCCAGUGGCAGACCUUCAAUGCGGGCAACUGGGAGCGCAUUGAGGAUAGCGUGCGAAAAUUUGUGGCUGAUGAAAACAUAACUGUCGAUUGCUAUACUGGAACGUGGGGUGUGUCCACGCUGCCAGAUGCAGAGGGCGUGCCCCAAGAGCUCUACCUGGACUUCGAUGAGAACAACAAUGGACUGAUACCAGUGCCUAAGCUAUACUUCCGUGUGAUCAUUGAUCGGGAUAGCCGCAGGGGCAUUGUGCUGCUGGGCGUUAACAAUCCACACAUUGGCGUGGACGAGAUUGAGGAGGACUAUAUUAUCUGUCCUGAUAUCGGCGAUCAAAUUAACUGGAUAAGUUGGUCAAGGAAGGACUUACAGAAGGGCUACUCGUAUGCCUGCACUGUGGAGGACUUUAUAGAAACUGUUCAAGAUUUGCCAUUGGACGAUCUGCAAACGAAUGGCGUUCUAGGUGUUUCGGCGUAACGCUAAUCACCACACUCUAUUACUAUAUAAUGGUCUAAUCAAACUAGCUGAGCAUACAAUAAAUUAUAAUCAACAUUAAUAACUCACCAA